AUGACGUCUAUGUUGAUUUUCGAGACAGACUUUGUCGAGCUCCAGGAGGAAAUCAAACGCAGGGACGACCACGCAGAAUUCAUCAGACGCGAGCAUUUCAUCGCUGCAAAAAAGAUACAGGCGUGGAUUCGUGGAAUCCUCACUCGAAACCAUCACAGGCUGCUGCACGAGAGCGCCAUCACCAUCCAGCGCCAUUGGCGCGGCUACUGUGUCAGGAUUUUCGCUGAUAGAUACCUGGUCGAGCGUGUUCAUCAAAUGUGGCAAGAUCACUACGAUCGAAUGGCGACGACGAUCCAAGCCGUCUGGCGUGGUUACUGGGUCAGGAAAACAGUCCUCGACAUACCAAAAAUGCGCCGAUGGCUGGAGACUGUUUACGCCAAGAACGACCAAACCGUGGAAGACAUGAAGAAGUUCAGGUGCGACGAGAUCGAAUACGCUGAACGUGCUAUGGAACGCGAGUCGAUGCAGUGGACGCUGUUCAUACUCUUCAAACUCCACCAUUUACUGAGAACGAAACAGCAGCCAGGAGUGCUCACCAGGAUCGACAAGACUCAUUUCACCUUCAUCGAAGAGAUGCUGAAGUGCUUCGAGUUUAGACACUACACAGGGAAGAAGGGUACCCGCUGCUGCGAUUGUAAAAUUGACCCUAAACCAUCGCUAGUCUUCCGUGGGACCUAUUACGAAAGAUGCGAAAAGGAGAUUCGCGAGAUGGAGAGGAGAUUGCAAGCUGGUGCCAUGCCAGUGUUUAGAAGUACGACGAUAAUCUCCUGUCUAAUUUCUGCAACAAUAUUUAAACUCUUUCGGCUGCUCUUUUAUUCCCCAAUGGCGAAUUGGCUACUUUAAAGAUCAAAGUUCCAAAGAUUCUGAGUAGCGCGAAAUCUUCAGGUUACCCUUACGAAGACCAGGAGAAGAUAUCUCGAAAAUCGA